ACGGCGACGUUGAAUCCCCUGCAAGCAGGCGCCCGGUCCUUAUAUACGCCCUUCUAUCCCUGCAUGCCUUGCGCGUCUCGUCGUUUCCUGUCUAAGGACGCCGUCUUUUUCAGCGCACUGAGCAGAAGAGACUAUCCAACAAGAUGUCGGACAUGAUGGAGGAGAAGAUGCAGAACUACAGGACUGCUCCCUUUGAUGCCCGCUUCCCCAACACUAACCAGACGCGCAACUGCUACCAGAACUACCUCGACUACCACAGGUGUAACAAAGCCCUUUCCGCUCAAGGCCUUGAUGUGACACCUUGUGACUGGUACCAGAAGGUCUUCAAAAGUCUUUGUCCUGUCGGCUGGGUUGAAAAAUGGAACGACCAGGUUGAGAAUGGGAGUUUUGCUGGGAAAAUUUGAAGACCAGUGAAUGUCAGAUGAAGGUUCACUGACCCUUUUACAAAUUAUUGAUUCAUUUUUCUCUAUGAGGAGAGAGAACACAUCUGUUGAUAGUAAAAAUACAUUUGCCUCUGUCCUUUUUUUCUUCUUUCAAUAGCAUUAAACAGUAAAUUGUUGAAAUAACUCAUGUUAAAAGGGAGUAACAUUUUCCAUUGUCAUUAAUACAACACAAUGUCUUACCAA